UGCGCACAUGCGCAGUGCCGCGUUGGGUGGGAGGCUGCGUGUGGAGCGGAGGGACGGCAGGAGCGCGCCGGGUGGCGGGGCAUCUCCAUGGGCAGCGACAGCGCGGUCCGGCGGACCCACUGACUGAACCGUCCACCUCCGCGGCCAGGGACCCAGCAAGCUGAGGACGGAGCCGUUGCCGGGAGAUGAGGCCGCGGCAGCGGCACACCCACAGAUCUCGCCAGCUGUGAGUUAGGAGACUUGACCUGCUUCCCUUUUCCUAUGAAAGCUGUUUAUCAAUAGAAUAGACAGAACAGAAAAUGCUCCCGGGGGUGGGCGUGUUUGGGACAGGGAGCACUGCCCGGGUUUUGGUCCCACUGUUGCGUGCUGAAGGCUUCACCAUCGAGGCACUCUGGGGCAGAACGGAGGAAGAAGCCAAGCAGCUGGCAGAGGAAAUGAACAUUUCCUUCUACACAAGUCGCACUGAUGAUGUUUUGCUCCACCAGGAUGUGGAUCUGAUCUGCAUCAAUAUUCCUCCACCUCUCACAUGCCAGAUUGCUGCAAAGGCACUAGGUAUUGGGAAGAAUGUAAUCUGUGAAAAGGCUGCUACUUCGGCGGAUGCCUUCAAAAUGGUGAAAGCAGCUCGUUACUAUCCUAAGCUCAUGAGUAUUGUAGACAAUGUCCUUCGGUUCCUGCCGGCAUUUAUCAAAAUGAAACGGCUAAUUGAAGAAGGCUACAUUGGUAAUGUCAUGAUCUGUGAUGUGCGUGUUUAUUGGGGCAGUCUACUCAGCAGCAAGUACAACUGGAUUUGUGACGAGUUGAUGGGUGGAGGUGGCCUUCACACAAUGGGCACCUACAUCGUGGACCUAUUGACCCACUUGACCAAUAAGAGAGCCGAGAAGGUCCAUGGCCUCCUGAAAACCUUCGUCAAGCAGAAUGACAACAUCCAUGGUAUUCGGCACGUCACCAGUGACGAUUUCUGCUUCUUUCAAAUGUUAAUGAAUGGAGGUGUGUGUAGCACUGUUACACUCAAUUUUAAUAUGCCUGGCCCCUUUAUUCACGAAGUCAUGGUUGUGGGCUCUGCAGGGCGUUUGGUUGCUCGAGGCACGGACCUAUAUGGCCAGAAAAACACUACCUUCAAAGAGGAGCUGCUCUUUGCUGACACUAAGCUGGUAAAUGCAGUUGGUGUGCUGGAGAAAGCAUUUGGUGACAUUCCCCUCUUGUAUCUAAAGGGAAUUGUUUACAUGGUGCAAGCCUUGAGCAAGUCUUUUAAGGAUCAGGAGGAUCGGCGCACUUGGGCUGACAAGCCGGUUUCUAUGGCUGCUUCGUUUGAGGAUGGUCUUUACAUGCAAAGCGUUGUGGAUGCUAUUAAGAGAUCAAGCAGAUCUGGAGAAUGGGAAGUCAUUGCUGUGAUAGCAGAAGAACCCGAUUCCAAUCAGAAUCUAUGUGAUGCUUUGCAACGUAAUAAUCUAUGAUGAACAAUACUGUCAUAAUACAUGAGAUAUAAUUCCAUCAAAAUCAAUUCAAACUAAUAUUAUUGUUUUAAGGUACCAAAAAUAGUUUUUGCAGCUGAAAUAAGGGUAUUGCGCUCUUACCGUGGUGCUUUCUGUUGAUUGCUCUCAUGUACGGUCAGCACUAUGUGAAACCGCCAUAUUUUAAACACUCAAUUUUGAUUUCCUUCCAACUCAAUUGUUUUAACAUGCUGUCAUUUAGCAGUACCCUGUACUUGUCAUUCAAAAGAAUGAACAUAUUCAGACUUAAUACUGGUGUGUUUGGUGAUUCCUAUAUUUACUUGAAGGAAAAUUAAUAUUACGGUAACUACUAUAAAAUCAAAAUUUAUUGGGAAGCGGGGGAUUUAAAAUUCAAACAUGGGAAGAAAACACUGAAUUUUGUGGCAGGUUGUGAAUUAUGUGUUUCCUUGUUUAGGAUUGCUGCUUGACCGAAUGUUUUAGCCCAGUAUUCCAAAAGAAACCCAGUGCUAACUGGAAGAUUUUCCCUCUUCCCAGUUUUAAAAUUGCAUCCAUAAAGGUGAAUAUAUCUCCAAGUCACAAAUGAAAGUUUGAGACUAAUUUUCCAUGAUUCACAGGCUGAUUACAUUCUGACCUUGGUGAUGCUGUUGCAAUUUAUCCAAAUUACUUUGUUAGUUGAGUUGAUAUCUAGAUUUCUUUUUUUAAAGUUCUUUAAAAUUCACUAGGCUUACACUAAAUUAUGAUAAGCAUAAUAGAUCUUUGAAGAUAUACAGCCAUUCAUAGUGCAACUUUUUGGAAUGGGGCUGGGUGGGGGAAGGGAGAAGAAGCUAAUGAAAGUAGGUAGCAUUUACACCCCCAACCACCUUCAGGCCAGACCAGAUGUCCAAGCACUACUUUGUCCAGCUGUUUGUUGUUUUUCUCUCAUCUACCCUUGCUUGUGAUCAUCUCAUGACAGAACAUACUUUAGUAUUUAAGCAAUUACAACAAGAAUUUUGGUGGUUUAAUACAAUGUUUACAAACUGAUGUUUCUAGUUCCAAUAUUUAUUUUAUGAAACUGGCUACUGAUAGGACUGAGUAAAAUAAAUGGUGAGGAGUACAUUGCAUAUCUGAAUAGCUUGUUUAUUUCCAAAUUUGAAAUAAGUUGGUUCAUGAACAGCUAAUUAGAGUUAAGAACAGUAGGAAGUGGCAGUCUAAUUUAGUUUUCAAAAUGUGUAUAUACUGUAUUUGAGAUAACAUUGCAAAAAUGGCUGGAAUGUUUUUGUAAUGUGCUUUUUUCCCCACUUUGUAAUAUGGAAAAUUACUAAGUAUUUGUUUUAUGGACCUGUAGGUCUUGGCUUUUAAAUCCAAGUUGUACAAUAUUUUUUGUCAUAGUUUUAAAAUAUUACAUUUAGUUUUCCAAACUUUGUAUAUGUUGAUUGCAUAGAUAUUUAUUACAUCAUUAAGUGAUUAUAUUGAAACAUGUUUGCUUUGCGGGAUUGUUCGAAAUUUGGGAGGGAGGGAGGAUUUGGCGUUCAAAUAUACAGCUAGGUUGUUUCAUUGAAAUAGUUGAACUGUGCAGAAAAUAGGUUACCUAUAUAGUUAUUUAUUUUUGGUUAAAAAUUCAGACGUGCGUUAUUUAUAUUGAGAUUUUUGUUUCAAAUCAUGGGCACAAAGUUAAACUUGAUUUCCUAUGUGAAAGGCUUAAAGAUUUAUUUAACAAUUUUGUGAAUGUAUUUGCAGUAAUUUGUAAUAUGUAGGUUUGGGGGUAGAGAUGUGUGUUCUUGUGUCAUUUAUGUUUGACAUGUAAAUUUAUUGUUCAAAAGACAACUUUGUAUUUUAAUCAAUAAAAUGGUUCUGGACUGUUCAUUGGGAUCCUUUAGAAAGGUGGUGCUUAGCAGUGCAAAUAAAGCAUAAAAUGAAACAUUGACAAAACAAAGUCUGUCUGGUUUGACUACUGUUGUGUUCUGUGUUUGGAGAAGACGGGCUAUGUUGCUUUGGAAAAUGUGCCUGUUACAUAUUCUGUCUCCAGUUCUACUAUAUUAAAUGUUUAAAGUUUCUGAGCCAGUAGUCUAUGUACCCUGAAAAAUAAAAAAAUAUUACAUUUUAA